UCAGGAACUUGCGCUGGCCCUGCAAUGUCAAGGGAGGGGGCUCACCCAGGGCUCCUGUAGCUCAAGGGGCAGGCCUGAGCCCUGUACCCGCCCUGAGUCCGUCCAGCCCCCGACGGGGCGCCCCAUCCCCAGGGGCUCCGCACUGGCCCCCACCAAGGCAGGGGACCUGACCGGCUCGGAGCUCGGCUGGAUGUUACAGGCGUGCAAAAUGGAAGGGUUUCCCCUCGUCCCCCCUCAGCCAUCGGAAGAUCUAGUUCCCUAUGACACGGAUCUCUACCAACGCCAAACGCACGAAUAUUACCCCUAUCUCAGCAGUGAUGGAGAGAGCCACAGCGACCAUUACUGGGACUUCCACCCGCACCACAUGCACAGCGAGUUCGAGACCUUCCCCGAGAACCACUUCACGGAGCUGCAGAGCGUGCAGGCCCCGCAGCUGCAGCAGCUCUACCGCCACAUGGAGCUGGAGCAGAUGCACGUGCUCGACACACCCAUGGCGCCCACCCACGCCAGCCUUGGCCACCAGGUCUCCUACCUGCCCCGGAUGUGCCUCCCGUACCCCUCCCUGUCCCCGGCUCAGCCCAGCUCGGAUGAGGAGGAGGGUGAGCGGCAGAGCCCCCCACUGGAGGUGUCUGACGGGGAGGCCGACGGCCUGGAGCCAGGGCCUGGCCUGCUGCACGGGGAGACAGGCAGCAAGAAGAAGAUCCGCCUGUACCAGUUCCUGCUGGACCUGCUGCGCAGUGGCGACAUGAAGGACAGCAUCUGGUGGGUGGACAAGGACAAGGGCACCUUCCAGUUCUCGUCCAAGCACAAGGAGGCGCUGGCGCACCGCUGGGGCAUCCAGAAAGGCAACCGCAAGAAGAUGACCUACCAGAAGAUGGCCCGCGCGCUUCGCAACUACGGCAAGACGGGCGAGGUCAAGAAAGUCAAGAAGAAGCUCACCUACCAGUUCAGUGGGGAGGUGCUGGGCCGCGGGGGCCUGGCCGAGCGGCGCCACCCGCCCCACUGAGCCCAGGCCCGAGCCCGCCGGGCCGCCAGGCCUCCCCUCUGGCCAUAGCAUUAACCCCCCGCCCGGCCGGACACAGGGGGGAAGCUCCCAGGGGCCAGGGGCAGGACUGGGGCGGGCCAGGCCUCGCCUCCCCGCCCAUCCCCUCCUCCUCCAAGCCCCGCCCACACCCCUGCUUCGCCUCCCACCAGGACUCCAGCCCCGGCUCCAGAAAGCCACCUGGGCGUCUGGCCCCAGCAAGGGUCAGCUUCCUUAGUACCAGGGGUGCUUCCUUGGGAGUUCGAAGUCAUCGUAUUUGUGUAAAUUGAACCUUCCUCUUUAAGCAUCCCUUUCUCUCCACACCUCUCCCCCAUCAGCUUCCUCAGGAAUACCAGUUAUUAAAGUUAUUCUCAGUGA